AUGGAGAGAUCGUCCAGGUCCGCUCGGACAGGCAGCCGCAGAGAGAGCACAGACAGAAGUCGCAGAGAUAGCUUAGACAAGUCUUCAAUCAGCGAGAGCUCGGAGGAGGAAGUGAAGCUCUUUCCUGAUGAGCGUGAAGUGUUCAGGCCAAAGGUCGCCGUGGCUCCAGCGCCUCAAGCCAUCGAUCCUGACCUCUUCACCAAGAACAAGUUCUUCUGCACCCUUUCUGCUGCCCUUGCGCUGGCAAAUUUGAUCGAGUUGGGACUCGAGACUGACUACCGAUGCCAUGUCGGGAAGUGUGAAGCUGAGCCGGUUUGGGAUCUCUUGUCGCAGGUCUUCACUGUCCUGCCGCUCGCCGAGAACGGGCUGCGGCUCUGGGAGGCCAAACCUCGGAGGUUCUUUCUGGGUGACAAGACCAAGGUCAAGUUCAAGUUGGACAUUGUGAAUUGCCUAGACACCUUGAUGCUGUUUCUGAGGAUCCUGGAUGUAUGGGUUCUCUCCACACUUCAAGUCGAGACAGGCCUACGACUGGCCAGCGGCUUCCGCGUUGUGCGCAUUGGACCUGCAGUGAGGCACUGGCAAGCAAAUAAAGAGCUUCGGGAGCUAUGGAUUGUCAUCGGAGCAGUAUCCGAGACGAUCAAGACUCUUUGCUGGGUUGGCGUAAUGCUUAUUGCAGUCAUUUGGGUCUUCGGCAUUCUGAUGACCGUGUCCUUGGUGGAUCGAACCAGCGAGGAGUUCGACUUCACGGCGUCCGCCUGGUCCUUCGAAGACUACUGGGGCAGCGUGCCUCGCAGUGCCUUCUCGCUCUUCCAGGUGGCCACCCGCGACAAUUGGAUCAGUUCAUUGGUGUCUCCUAUCGUGAAGACAGAGCCUGCGCUGCUCAUCAUCAUCGGAUUCUACUUUUGCAUCGGCUCACUAGCUUUGAUGAAUUCCAUUAUUGCUGUAGUUGUUGAGUGCACUUUGUCCGCUGCGAGAGCAAGUACCGAGAAAGAGGACGAGAACAAGCAAAGGGCGGAUGCGCUCGUCAUGAACUCCUUGCGGAAGAUCUUCCACGAUGGUGACACCGACGGCUCAGGUGAGCUGGAUUUGGAGGAGCUGCACGCGAUGGUGCGGAAACACCAGGUUCGGGAUAGACUCAGAAUGCUGCGAAUUCCGUUUAGAGAUCUGGAUUUGCUAUUCACACUGCUGGACACAGAAUGCACGGGAAGCGUGAACACUGACAUGUUCUUCCGCGGGUGCGCCAAACUUAGGGGGCCUGCAAUGGCAUGCGACUUGCACCAGUUGUCCAUUGACCUCAAGCACAACUUGGACAGAUGCGAUCUCAACUCCGAGCGGAUCCGUCAAGUGAACGAGUCCCUGGCCAUGGUAUUGGACAACGUUGACGAUAUGGACAUCCACAUCAUGAAGUGUGAUGUGGACUUCAAGGAUCCUGUGCUGGCUGCUCGUCAAGUGCGCCCGAAGAUGUCCAAAUCCGACAGGAUUCGCGGUAGGUGGUUCUUGCCUGUGGCAUCCAACGAGCAGAGCAUGUGGAUGGACAUAGAUAAACAAGCCCAUGACAAGGAGCUGCAGCUCAAGAUCAGCAUGCUAGCGCCCGAGGUUCCAAAGGCUGCCGACAAGGUCCAAGCAGUGCGAGAAGGAGCGCAGCCCGAGCCGCCUGAAUUGCCCGCUCGCCUCAAGCGGCUCGAGGAGGUUCGCCUGGCGCAGGCCGCAGAAGAGAAGGUCAGAAUGAACCAGCAGAUCGUUCGAAAGGCGCUUCGCAAGAUUCACCGGUUCGACUGA